AUGGGGAGCAAAGAAGAAAGCAAUAAAAUGGAAAUUGAUCUAUCCCUCCAACUUGACGAAAACCCGCAAUCCAAGAACUAUCAAGUCGAAGAAGUAGAAGCUCGAACGGGAUAUUUCCAGCCCGAAAACUCUAAGAUUACUGAAGAGAUAUCAAUCCUACAGAUGAAGAUGAAUCAUAUGAAGGAGGAGAACAAGAUAUUAAGCAAAGCUGUAGAACAAAUUAUAAAAGAUUAUUAUGAUCUUCAAACAAGAUUUGCUAUCAUCCAACAAAACAAGGAUUCGGAAAAAAAAUUAUCUAUGCUCAAAGGAGAUGAUGGUGAUUCGAGUCAAGGGCCAAAAGAAAGUACAAAGAUGUUUGAUCAUAUCAAGAAUCAAAGGGUGCUGUCAUCAGCAUCAGAAGAAGCUGGUACAGAAGAAAAUGAUGAAUUAGGGUUAUCUUUGACACUACGAACCAGUUCGAAGAAAUUAGAAGAAGACAACACGAUGAAGGAGAAUAUAGAAGGUACAACAGGAUUUGCACCAGUUCAAGGUAUGGUACAAGGAAGUAAUUAUAAAAGGCCUGGAAUUACUUCUCCACCAGAUAAAAGAGCUAGAAUUUCUGUCAGGGCCAGAUGUGAAACAGCCACUAUGAAUGAUGGAUGCCAAUGGCGAAAAUAUGGACAAAAGAUUGCUAAAGCAAAUCCUUGCCCUCGAGCCUACUAUCGUUGCACGGUAGCUCCUGGUUGCCCAGUCAGAAAGCAGGUGCAAAGGUGUUUGGAGGACAAGUCAAUACUGAUCACAACGUAUGAAGGAACACACAAUCAUCCACUUCCAGUAGGUGCAGCAGCAAUGGCAUCAACAACAGCCUCCUACAUGUGUAAUGAAAUAACAACCUUAAACCAAACAAAUUUCCCAUAUUACAACAUCCCUCAUAUGAUAUAUCCACCUUUUCCAUAUGUUCCAAACCUAAGAAACAUAAACCCUAUUCUUUUUCCUUCAACUGGAGUUGUUCUUGAUCUCGCAAACAAUGCUGGCGCUAGCUCUUCACAUUCAAUAGAAAAUUUGGGCUAUUCUUUGAAUGGAAAUAUUCUUUAUAACCAGCUUUUUCCUGGCCAUAAACUAGUUGAAGAAAUACUUUCCAAAGGUGAAGGAAAUAAUAAUAUUAGUAGUGCAGUUGCAUCAGAUCCUAAGUUUAGGGUUGCUGAAUGA